CGCCAGCCCCGCCCGCAGCCGUUGCGCACGCGCCGGGCGCCUGAAGCGGCCUGUGGGGGCCAUGGCGUUGCGGCUGCUGCGGGGCGCGGCGGGGGCGGCCAGGUCAUCGGUUCUUUGCAGCUCUCUGAGGAGCACCAGCUCUAACACAGGAGGAAGACCUGAACCCGCUAAGCAGGCACUUAAGAAACCGAAGUUACCAGUAGGUCGAUUUGAUGAACCAGAGGAGUCCAGUAUAGAGAGGGAACCCCUGGAAAAAUUCCCUGAUGGAAUCAAUCCUACUACAAAAGAGAGGGGUGGACCUAAAGGCCCUGAACCGACACGUUUCGGAGACUGGGAGAGGAAAGGACGUUGUAUAGACUUUUAAUGUGUAAAUGUGUCAAUAUUGCUAAUAAUGUUCCUAUGAAAAAUACAUCAUGUAUAGAAAAACCUCGACUAGAUUUGCUGUGAAGUUUCUUGUUGCUGUCAUGUUUGUGAUUAAUUUUCUGAGAGAUAUUUUAUGUAAAUAAACACAACAUACCAA